AUGGCAGAGAACCAACACACCACUGAUAACAACAACUUCGAUUUCGACUUUGAUGAAUUGGAAAGCUUUAGUGAUAUCGAUUUUGAGAUUUUUAACAUUGCAUCACCAAUUCCAACACCGUCACCAGAAACAAUUGAUCAAUUGCCGAUUGUUUCAAUUCCUGCAGUGGCGGACCCGCCACAAAAUGAAAUCAUAUCCAAGGAAUCUAAUAACGUCAAUGUGACUGAAAUGAUUGGUGGCAGAAACGACCACAGAGAGACGGUGAUAGAGCAACACGGUGACAAAAACCGUGUUUGUCUCGGUAGAUCAUCAAGAUCAUUGAUUUUUCUUAAUAAAAAGAGGUUUUAUUCUCCUGAAAUGCUUGCAGAAAUUGCAAGAACUAAUCCUAAAGAAGCAAAAAGGAUUAUUGCUAGAAGGAAGGCUGUUAAAAAAGCAAAGGAGAAGAAAAGGAAUUAUGUAAAAGAGUUGGAAAAGAGGGUGAAAUCACUUCAGAAUCAAGCGGAUAACGCAACUGCACAGCGUGUCAUGGCAAAGAAUGAAGCUUCGACUUUAGCUAAGGGUAACAAGCAAAUGAAAGAGUCCAUAAAGUUUAUGAGACAACAUCAAGAAAUGCAAAAGGCUUUCAUGAAAUCACUAAAGGAACAAACACAGAUGCUUAAGAUACAAAUUGAAGGACAAACUAAAGCUAUGAUGAAUUCUUCUUUUGGUGAACUGCCAACCUCUCAAUUGCAGCUACAUGCUCCUAAUCAGUCACCAGCUGUCACAGCUGAGUACAUGCCGCCGCCGUUGCCGCCUCUAGUUCCUCCUCCAACAAUUCCCUUUGGUCAGCCUCUAAGUGAUCAUUUUAUUAUCACCGGCUCUCCUAAUUUCAAUCCAUUGAACUAG